UCCCUUUUCUCUCUCUCUUUCUCUCUUUUUUUUUCUUUUUAUAUACAAUGGUACAUCUAUCAAACAUAUUUCAUUUGCCCCAUCAUAGACAAGCAAAAAGUCAUUCUGCUCAAAGUAGUCGUCGAAAUUCAAGGGAUUCAUCUGUUGGAUCUUUUGUGACAGACAAUACAUUAGAAGAAGGCAAACACUGGUUUUUUAAGCAAUUACAUCAACAAUUAUCAAGAGAAUCAAGUCCUCCUUCUACACCACUUCAAUUAUCUCCGUCUCCUUCAAGACAGACACUCUGGUCUAUGAAGAGCAAUGAAUGUAUUAACACAGCUCAUUCUUCCUCAGGUAGUACAAAUAAACCCCAUCGAAUGAAUCUCCGAGAAUAUGGUGAAUGCUACAAACGUCUCGGAAAGGGUUCAACUGCAAUUAUCUCAGUCUGUCGCAGUAAGAAAAUAGUGCCUAACAAUACCUCUAAACUCUAUGCUAUCAAACAAUUCCGAAAGCGCAACAAACAUGAAUCCGAAAAGGACUAUAUGAAGAAACUGACAAGUGAAUUCUGCAUUUCCUCUACCUUUCGUCACACAAACAUAGUAGAAACUAUUGACCUUGUGCUGGAUGAUCAACAGCGAUAUUGUACUGUGAUGGAAUAUUGUGCCGGUGGUGACUUGUUUUCUGCCAUCAUGUCUGAGCAUAUGACAACGUUAGAAAUGAGCUGUUGUUUCAAGCAAAUGAUGUCAGGCCUUGCUUAUUUACACUCAGUGGGAGUAGCGCAUCGUGACAUUAAACCCGAGAAUCUGUUGCUGACAUUGGAUGGGACAUUAAAAAUCACGGAUUUUGGUGUCUCGGACGUGUUUCGAUGUGCUUGGGAAAAGACAGGCCACCGUAGCCAUGGACUAGUGGGUUCUGAGCCCUAUAUAGCACCUGAAGUAUUUGAAGAACAAGACUAUUGGGGUUCUAAACUCGAUGUAUGGUCUGCUGGUAUUGUGCUCUAUUCCAUGUGGCGUGGUGGCCAUGCUUGGGUUCGGGCGGAUAAGAAAGUGGAUCGCGAAUUUCGGAAUUAUGUGCGUCACUGGUCCUCGCAGAGUUUCCCUAAUUUCAAAAAGUUUCCUGACCUUAUGCGUCAUUUACUUUAUGCCAUGUUAAAUCCUGAUCCUGAUACGCGUCUCACUGCAGAACAAGUAUUGGAACAUGACUGGGUCAAGUCCAUCAUGGUUUGUGAAAAAGGCAUUGAUGCAUUAGGGCAUGAACAUCAUCAUCUAUUCGUCAAAAAACACUAGUCAUUUCUGUAAAUACCCCUCCCCUUCUUUCACUUCAUUAAAAGCC